AUGUUUUCAAAAAAUAUAAAUAAAGUUAGAUUUAAUCUAACAUUAAUGGAUGAAGGAGAAUAUUAUUUUGAUGAUUAUAGUGCAAUUUUUUAUCCACCGUCAAAUACAGAGGAAGAAUCAUGGCAAAAGAGAAUAGCAGGUAGAAUAUUAGUUUGUUCAAGCUCAAUGUUUUUUGAACCUGACGAUUCAAAAUUACCAAUAAUGAAAUUUCCAUAUAAAGAUAUGUCAAGUAUAGGAGCAUGGUUAAAUUCAUUAUCAUCAGCACCACCUGCUCAUUUACCAACACCACAACCAAUACCACAAUCAAUAUUAUCACCAUCAAAGCCAACACCAACACCAACACCACCAAUAGUUGUUGAACAACCUUCACCAACACGUUCAGCUUUUUCUAGAUUAUUAUCAUUUUCAUCAUUAACUUCAAAAGUAACAACACCAACACCACCAACACCAACUCCAACACCACCAACUCCACAACCAACAUCUAUAGCACCAACCCCAACCAUUGCAACCAAUCCAUAUACAUCAUUUUCAGUUAGUCCAAAUCCACCAUCACCAUUAUUAUCACAAUUAUUUGAACAAGCAAAACCUUCAUUCUUAGCAAGUAAAGGGGAUAUUUUCUAUGUAAAAUCAUCACAAGUUAUUGAAAUGAAAGAAAAUUCUAGAAAUCAUCCAUAUAUAUUUAAACAAUAUAAUAAUAUAGAUUUUAAAUUUUCAUUUAAUUAUGUAAAACAAAAUAUAGUAUUAGAUGUUAUGAAAGUAUUUCAUAAUUAUUCUGGUAAAGAAAAGAUUCAAAGGGAUGAAUUGAUUAAACAAAUGGUAGAAGAUAGAGAGAAUAAAAUAUUUUUUGAUAUAACACAAUUGGUUGAUAUGAAUGAAAGGAAUAUAUUAGAAUUAAAAUGUUCAAAAAUUUCACCAUUGGUAGAGAAUCCAGGUAGAUUAUUAAUUACAAAUGCAAGAUUAUACUUUCAACCAAUGAAUAACAUUGAAGAGAAUCGAUUAAAGAAUUAUAGUUUACAAUCGAUCAUUAGGGUAUUACAAAGAAGACAUAGUUUAAGAGAGAUUGGUUUGGAAUUGUUUUUCGAUGAUGGGUCAAGUUUAUUCUUAAAAUUUAAUAACACAAUCACACGUAAUCAAGUCUAUGAUUUAUUGGUUAAACAUUUAUGUACCAAUAUAAUGCAUAUCAAUGAACAGGCUAAUUAUCUAUUAAAGUGGCAAAAUGGUAUCAUAUCAAACUACGAUUAUCUAUUGUAUUUGAAUAAUUUAGCAGGUAGAACAUUCAAUGAUUUGACGCAGUAUCCUGUUUUCCCAUGGAUUAUAGCGGAUUACCAAUCUACAACAUUGGAUCUAAAUAGAAAUGAGACCUUUAGAGAUUUAUCCAAACCAAUUGGUGCACUAAAUCCAACUAGAUUAGCCACAUUUCAAGAUCGUUAUCAUCAGAUUCCCGAUGAUCAACCAAAAUUCCUCUAUGGUACACAUUAUUCAACACCAGCUUAUGUAUUAUACUUUUUAGUUAGACAAGUACCAGAGUAUAUGUUACGUUUACAAAAUGGUAGAUUCGAUUCACCAAAUCGUAUGUUUUAUUCAAUUGAAGAAACUUGGAAUUCAGUUUUAAAUAGUACAACAGAUGUUAAAGAAUUAAUUCCAGAAUUUUAUAAACCAUCAUUUGAAUCAUCAAGUAGUAGUAGAAAUGGCGGCGGCGGCGAUGAUGAUGAUAAUUUUGAAAAUGGUAUUUUUUUAACAAAUUCCGAAAAUUUACCAUUAGGUAUUCGUCAAGAUAAUAAUGUAAUUAAUGAUAUUAUUUUACCACCAUGGGCUUCAUCACCAAAAGAUUUCAUUAGUAAAUUACAUCAAGCAUUGGAGUCUGAAUAUGUAUCACAAAAUCUUCAUCAUUGGAUCGAUUUAAUAUUUGGUUAUAAACAAAAAGGUGAAGAAGCAGUUAGAGCUAAUAAUUUAUUUUAUCAUUUAACCUAUGAAGGUAGUAUAGAUAUUGAAUCAAUCACUAAUCCAUUCGAACGUGAAGGUAUGGAAGCUCAAAUCAAUGAGUUUGGUCAAACACCAAGACAAAUCUUUAAAACUCCUCAUCCACAACGUUUACCACAACAAUUAAGAAAUCAAAAUUUAAAAAUUGAAUUAAGUGAUUUAGAACAAAAUAUUAAUUUCAUUUUUGAUGAAUUAAAUAAUUGUAAUAUUAAUGAAUUAAAUAAUGAUAAUGAUAAUAAUUUAAAUAAUAAUAAUAAUAAUAAUAAUAAUAAUAAUAGUAAUAGUAAUAGUAAUUUAAAUAAUAAUUAUAUAGAUAGUAAUAUAAAUAAUAAUAUAAAUAAUAUUGAAAAUAUAAAUAGUUUAAAUAAUGAGAAUAAUGAAAAUAGUAAUGAUAAAAAAAAUAAUAGUAAUAGUAAUAGUAGUGAUAAUAUAAAAAAUAGUAAUGGUUUUGAAAAUAAUGAUAAUAAUUUUAAUAAUGAAAAUGAAAAUUUAAAUGAUGAAAAUGAAAAUUUAACAUUUUUAGGCGAAGAAAGAAAUAAUAGUAAUAAUUGGGGAUCAUUAAAUUUUUUAAAAUUUAAUCAAAAUAUAAAAUUACAUAAAGAUAAGAUUAGUGCAUUAUAUUUAUCAAAUAAUAGUGAAACCAUUUAUUCAGUAUCAUUGGAUAGUUGUUUAAAGAUUUACUCUUUAAAAGAAAAGAGACAAAUUAGAUCAUUAAAUCUUUGUAAUUUGGCAUUAUCAUCUUUUCAAUUAUCAAAGGAUGAGAAAUAUAUUAUCAUUGGUUCAUGGGAUAAUAAUAUUUAUGUCUAUUCAGUGGGAAAUGGUAGUAUAAGUUAUUCAAUACCGGGUCAUAGUGAUGCUGUAUCAUGUCUAAAGUUACAUAAUAACAAUAUAUUGGUAUCGGGUAGUUGGGAUUCAUCUGUAAAGGUUUGGAGAACUCAUAGACAAUCCAAUGGUGCAAUCUCCAUUGAAAAAACACCAAUUGCAGAUUUCGUAGAUUCAGAUACUGAGAUAAGGUCGAUCGAUAUCAGUUCAAAUGGUACCAUAUUUUGUGCGGGCUCAAGCGAUGGUUAUCUCUAUUUCUACGAUUUACUCACACUUCAAUUGAUUCGUAGAAUCAGUUGUUUCUUUGACGAGUUGGUGUGUAUUAAAUUCACUCCUGAUGGAUCGAGAAUUAUCACCGCUUGUAUUGAUGGCUCUGUAAAAUUGAUUGGUAUAGAAGGUUCAGAAAUCUUUAGUUUCAAAGUAAAAGGUGAAAUUCAUUGUUUGGACUCUGAUGGUUCUUCUCUAAUCAUUGGUACUGAUCGUGGUCUUUGUCUUUGGAGUUUAACAACUGGUACUGAAAUAAAAGAUUCUAUCUCUCCUUUCUUAUCUCAAUCUUCAAAUGAAUCAAUUCAUUCUUUAAAUGUUUCAAUUAAUCAAUCUUCAAAUAAACCAAUUUUAUUAACUGGUACUGAAGCUGGUUCAAUUUCAAUUUGGCAACAAUAA